UCUUCCUACUGACCUCUGGAAAACCAUGGACGAUCUUCCUACUAAAUUUAGACAUUUAUUCGCGUGUGUGCAGUAUGAGAUUCAAACCGCGGUUCUCGUUUGUGUCAAUGGUUCAGGCCUAGAUCGGUCGAUGCGAGGACGGUUACGGACCCUAGCGGGUCUCUAGUGGCACUAUGUACAGCAGCGCAAUCUGACAGCAGCAGAAACAGACGCAAUGGCGCAGGGAAAUAACAACAAUUUCCUAACUAUUCCCUCACAACAGGGUCUUUUCAAGACGGUUAGAGUCGACCGUUCUGAAGACAACAGUAACGAUGAAGAUGAAGAAGAAACAGAGGAAGACGUCCGGCUUAUACCGAGGUCUUCCCCCGUUCCCAGGAAGCGAGGUUCGUCCAUCGCGGAUGAAACCGCCGAGUACAUGCGAAUUCGUCUCGCGUUAACAGACAGAAGAGUCUCGUUUGUAGACAGUACGGGAGGCGAGCUGGCUGAUGUCAGAAUGUUUGUCCCGUUUGAUUCAGACGAAGAGGACAAUUCAAGAUGGGAAGAAGAGGAGGCGAAAUACCGUAAAGCCUACAGCGAGCCCACUUACCGUCUGUGGCCGGAGUUCCAAGCGCUCACCGGCCCGGAGCUCUUGCUCGCGGUCCACACCAACAAGCUGGAGGUAGACAGCGUGACACCUGUACCAGAUGAGCCUCUCUCAUUCGACGUGGUCAUUCGUGUGCUUAACAUUUCUUUUCACAAAUCAGUGUAUGUCCGGUCGACUAUGGACGGUUGGAUCAAUCACUUUGAUUACCCAGCCGAGUACGUCUUGGACUCAAACGACGGCGAAACGGACAAGUUCUCCGCGAAGCUGUCUUUUGCUCCACCGUACCUGUUCAACGGAGCACGUAUUGAUUUUGUUGUGCGCUAUGAGACGUCAGAUGGAGAGUUUUGGGCGAACAACUCUGGAAGGAAUUAUUCUGUAACUCUCCUGCAGUCUUAUGAAGAAGACUCGGUCCAGACUUGCACGGCGGAGAAGCCAGAGCUGAGAGGAAUUCUGAAACCUCCCCGGUAUCGAACUGCCAGUGGUUAUGAUGACUCUGAUGACAGAGAAGAUGCUUAUCUAAGCAAUGACGAGUGUGAAGCCCCGGAAAAUCAAGACUCUUUUGCACAGCCGGCUAUAGUUCAGCCAGAGAUCGACAUUGAGACUGCCAAAAAUGUGUCCAGUUCCCCAGAGUCCACCAAGACUUCCUCCAUGGCAGGAUGUUCUCUGUCCACUUCAGAUACUCCCUACGGUGAACCACUUCCACUAGAGUCAGAGUCGUCCAUAAAUUUACCAAAAAUAGAAGAGUCUGGCCUUCGUCCAUCGAUUUUAUCCAUCCCCCAAUCACAGUCAACCCAGGAGUCCUCAGAGGCACAAGAUCCAGUCUAUAAUGUUCUCCCUUCUAUGUCUUUUUCAGUUCCUGUAGUUCUUGUCCACUCCUAUGAUAGACAAGAGACUAACAAUAAUGGAUUUGAGGAUUCCAAUAACCCCAACCAACUGUCUCAUCCACAGAAUGGGAUGUUAGCGCAAGUGCCUUUCGAGUUGGGCCAGCCUUCACUGGCUGCGUUUCCAAACACGACACAUACCGAGGAAGAAAGUCUGAAGGAAUUUCAGGAGAAGAAGGAUGUUGUGGAAAUGUAUGACAAACUGUCAGACAUUAAAGAGGAACCCAGUCAGAAUGUAGAAGGAGAUAAAACAUGCAUUUACAGGUCGGAAGAUCCCACACAGGCUUCUUCCUCAAAAAAGUUAAAAGUUGUAACUGAAGAUGUAGAGGAGCUGAUUUGGUCAGAGGGUUUAGAGAAUCCACUGAAUGAAGAAGGUCUAAAGGCUUUUCAGGAAAAGGAAGAUGUUGUGGAAGUAGAUGACAGAUUGGCAGACAUUCAAGAAGAAUCAAGUGAGAAUAAAGAAGAAGAAAAAACUUACAUUCACCGGUCAGAAUUUCCCAAACAGCUUCCUUCCUCAACACCGUUAAACCUUGUAAAUGUAGAUUUAGAAAAGGUCAAUUUGUCAGAGUUUUUAGAGAACCGUCUGGAUGAAGAACCCAAGCAGCCGCCUUCCUCAAUACAGGUAAAUGUUGCAACUGAAGAUGUUGAGAAGCUCAGUUUGUCAGAUGGGUUAGAAAAUCCUCUGGUGGACAGUCUGAAGGAUCUGCAGGAAAAUGAAGAUGUUGUGGAAAUGGUUGACAGCUUGGCCGAUAUUCAAGAAGAACCAAGUCAGAAUAUAGAAGAAGAUAAAACUUACAUUUACAAAUUAGAAUUUCCCAAACAGCCUUCUUCCUCAAUCCAGGUAAAUGUUGCAACGGAAGAUCAGGAGAAGCUCAGUUUUUCAGAUGGGUUAGAUCAUCCUCUGGAAGGACUGAAGAACUUUCAAGAAAAAGAUGUUGUGGAAAUGGUUGACAGCUUGGCAGAUAUUCUAGAAGAACCAGGUCAGAAUACAGAAGAAGAUAAAACAUACAGUCACAAAUCGGAAGAUCCCAAGUCACUUCCUUCCUCAAAAGAGGUAAACAUUGCUACCAAAGACACAGAGAAACACAAUUUGUCAGAAGAAAGAGUGAAUCCACUGAAUGAAAAGGGUCUAAAGGAUUUUCAGGAAAAGGAAGAUGUUGUGAAAAUUGAUGUCAGCUUGGCAGAUAUUCUAGAAAAACCAAGUCAGAAUACAGAAGAAGAUGAAACGUUCAGACACAGGUUGGAAGAUCCCAAGUUGCUUCCCUCAAAAGAGGUACACAUUGCAACUGAAGAUGUUGAGAAGCUGAUUCUGUCAGAAGACUUAAAGAAUCCACUGGAUGAAAAAUGUCUUAAAGACUUUCAGGAAAAGGAAGACGCUGUGGAAAUUGACGAAAUAUUGGCAGAUAUUCUAGAAGAGCCGAGUCAGGAUCUAGAAAAAGAUACAACUUGCAUUCAGCUGUUUGAAGGACCCAAGCUGCCUCCUUCCUCUAAGGAGGUAAACAUUGCAACUGAAGAUGCAGAGAAGCUGUCAGAUAGCUCGGAGCAUCCUCUGGACGAAGGAGUUCAAGAACAGGAGGUAGACCUUGUCUCUUUAAUUGGAAUUAAAACCACCAAGGUGUUCGAAGUGGAAAGCACCAAAACCGGGGAUGAGGAACCUGAUGCUUUGGUGGUUUCCUAUUUAGAGACCACUUUACAGGAAAGAGUAACCCAAAGUUUACUAAUCCAUCCAACCAGCCAAGAAGCACUCUUAGAUCCAAGAACCCUGGCCUCAAUCCUGCCUGAGGACCCAGAAGUUGAUAACCAAACUGUUUCCAUGUGUACUUCAGAGCAUCCAGCAAGCCAACCAGAAAAGCCAGCACUGGUCAGUGGUUCUGAAACAUCACCAAGAGCCUUCGAUCAUCAGCCUUCAACUGUUCAAACCUCAGCAGAAGAUUAUUUAAGGUCUGAGGCUGAUGAACUUUCCCAAGAGGCAUGUAAAGACCUUGAACCUCAGCACACACUGCCAGGAGUCGACAGUGAACUAUCUCAAAUAUCAAAGGAUCAGGCUGAGGUCUCUCUGAGCACGUGUCUCAUGGUCUCCGUAACCUUCUUCACUGCUGUUAUCUGCCUGGCUGUAGGGAUUCAAGAGCCCAGCGCUUUUCUGUGUGUGGGAUUAUUCCUGUUGUCCCUUUGGUUCUAAUUUAAAUACUGGCUUUCUUUCCCCUUCCAUCCACUUCUCCUAAAAGCCUUAAGACUUGACCUUCUUCCUUUCUCCCCAGUGCCUUGAGAAAUUCCUAAUAAGAACAUUUUCAUGCAAGCAAAUCAUAUUUGUGUUCGUACGUGGUUGUAAACAGCGUGAGAGUCAGUGUUUUCAAAUUUAGGAGGUGAGCUUAAGCUUGGUAUGUUGUUUAUCAUUCAGACCUCCAGUAUUAAAUCUGCUGUGGAUUAUAUAUUACUAAAAUAAUCAUUUGAGCAACCAGUAUGUUAUUCAGCUGAAUGACAUCACUGUGUACUUCAUACAUAAUUGGUCAGUGCAACUGUUACUCGGCUUAAUGAUUCAUCCUCAAUUGCACAGCUGCUCGUCCUAAAAAAUGAAUCUAAUAUAGAAACUUGUAAGUGGGAUGACUUGGUGGAGAGUGAAUGUGGUUAUAUGUGUGACAAGAAAUGAGGUGGACUGGACUAACGGUGCAGGUCAAUUCAAAGCAGGAAUUUAGGAAAGUUUUAGGUUGUGUAGAUAUAUCUGUGGUUUUUCUUAUAUCACAGUGUGAUGUAAGUGAGGAAUUAGUCUAUUUGUCUACAGUCUAUUUGUCAACCAAUUAAGAAGAGCAUUAACUAGGUAUCAAAUAUUUAAAGGCACUACAUUUUGUCACUUAAACACUGUGAAAGGGUAUUUGAUGUUAUGUCUGAUCAUUUUGUAACUGGGAUUACUCACAUGCUGUGUAUAAACUUAAAAAUGAGUGAAUAUGAUUAAAGUGUUAGUUCUGUCAUAACUUUCUCUGCUUUGUUGUUCCAAAGCUGUAAGGAAUCUCUAAUCUACAGAGCACAAAUCAAGAUCCUUCUAAUAGAAAUCAGUUAUCCAUUUUCCAUUGAAAGUCUGUUCACCCAAAACAAUCAUAUACUGUAAAGCAAUCAGUUGACUUUACUUAAAAAAAGAGAGUAAACUCAUUGCCUUAUAAAGUAAACAAACUGUGCAUAAUUAUAAAAGUUGACUUGUUUUAAGAUAAAUCAACUUGUUGCUUUUAAGUCAAUGGGAUUACUCACUUUUUCAAAGUAACUAAUGGCUUUUAUAGUGUAAGUGUAAUGAGUCAAUUAGUUAGUUUUUUAUAAUACAGUAUUCAAAUUUAGUCAUGGAAGCUCUAUCAAAGUUAAUGCGAAUUAACCGAUGAUGCUCAUUUCUGCAUCUUAUUGCACAUUUCAGCUUCUGCAUGAUCCAGUGAGGCUUGUUCCUGCGCAUAUAAGUGGGAUGGCUGAGAUUAUAUUCACUGAUCUGUUUGAAUAAAUGGCGAAAUUAAUCUGUUCAUCGUAUAAAGUUUGGUGAAAUUGCUUGAUUCAUAUGGAUUGAUCGUUUGAUGAAGUGUUUUGGAGCAUCAAAAACAACAGACUUUAAAUGGAGUGACAAACGGAUCAGAUUUAUUUUCAAAUAUACACAUUUUUGUUGAGAUGAACAGAUCAGUCUUGUGGAUUUAGAACAGGAAAGCGAGUAAACAAUGGCAGAAUUUGUAUUUUGGGGUGAACUUGAACAUGCAACAGUUUUGCACCUAUCUACUUUGGAAACACAAAGUCCCCAAAUUGUCGUCUUGUCAGUUUGUAGGCAAGCAUAUGGCCUUUUGCAGUGCUCUUUUAAAGCGUGCCCCAAGCCUCUGAUAUCACCCCAAAAGGUCACGCAUUGCACUGAAGUCACGGCGUCAGGUUACCGGGUGACUACACUCCAUUGUAAACAGAGAGGAUUGAAGAAAUCUUUCACCCUUGGAUAUCCCCUCUUCCAAAACUUGACCCUCCAAGUAUUCAGUCACUAAUUUAUUGCUUUGUCGUCUCACUGAAUUAAUGUGUAAACAGGGUUGUGAACACGUUCUGUGGUCAUUAUCAGGUGUUUUAUCAUGUUAGUAUGGAAAUAAAAGUCUAUGAUUGAUAAAA